GGCUCUUAAUUAUACGUUUCUUAAUUACACGUGUGGAACGGGCCAGAAAACCGUUUACUUAUUAUUCGGAAACGGGUAUUCGGAACGUGUAAACGUAACACGGAUCCGACCGCGAGCCCUAGUCCAAACCAUCUCAACAUACCGUUCUCAAUUUUUGUCACUACAUCUUCGUUCAGUCCACACUUUUCCCUUAUCACACUGUUCCUAAUUCUAUCUUGUAAUUUUACACCACACACACUUCUCAACGCUCUCAUUUCCACUGCAUUCACUUGGCUCUGAUGUUUCUUCUGCCAUACCCAACUUUCGCUACCAUACAUAAGUGUAGGCACCAACACCCCUCUAUGCACAGCCAACCGUGCUUUUUGCGACACCUUCUGAAGAUAGGUAAAUCAGUGUUCGUGUGUGAUAUGAUUAUAGGAUAGGUAGAUGCAUUCAAUUACUAUAAGUACUUGAUUUGAGUUGUGAAAUCAUUAGCAACUAAAUGAAUGUGUGUUUAGUAGUAAACGAGCGCGUUUAUUAUUGUGGAUUAACCGUUUACGAAAAGAAGUGGAACGUAUGUAUUUUCCAUGUUUUAAUUCAAUGGCAAGGGUGGAAUGUGUCUCGAUUUAGAUAUAGAUGGCAUAAGUAGAUGUGUUCAAUUAGGUUGAUAAAUAACUUUAGUUGUGUUACACUCGGCGGUCAUUUCUUUAUCGUUUUAUGUAGGUUUAGCCGUCAAUAUCAGUCAUUAUUACCAUAUAUAGUAUAACACGUAAAGUCAACGAACGGUGUAGGUAAUUUAAUUCAUGAAAUGUUUUAACAUAUAUUUAAAAUUAUUUAUUUCUGAAUUCUCGGUUCAUGUACGAGGAAUAUCGAGUCCUGUCAGUGGAUCCUAAGGGCGCCUGCUUCGUGUCUCGCCAUCAAUUCCUGGGGUGUUCUGCCUUCGAGAGCUUCAACGCUUCAAAUCAAGAUGCGGACCUCGCAGAUGUGAGCGAAGGCUAAGAUUCACUCCGGUGCAAGCUAGUAGACACGGUGCGUUGGUUCUGAUUUAUAUGUUAUCUCAGCCUUGACCUGACAUAUCUAUAUAUCACAUACUUUCAUGUUUCAGUGUUAGUGAAUUAAAGCACUUUGAUUGCAAAUGUAGGUUGAUAGGUUGAGUGUAUUAAUUAUGAUGUAAUACAUAAUUCACCUUUUACAAUACUACAAAAAUAAUUGGUUGUGUAAUUAUUUGUGCGCGCGUAUAUAGGUACACGGCCACGUUUGUUUAAUUAGCAACCAAGUUCAUAAACUAGAUUGAUAUAAUUGUUUGGUGAAUAAGUUUUACAAAAUACUUAUUUAUUUAGAAUGUUAUACAAAUGGCUAAUGACGUAAUAUUAUGUCGCAAUACAUUAUAGGUUUUAUUCAAUGACUUCUUACAGUAGCUUAAUUACUGUGGCUACUGUUAUAGGUAUUCUGUACGUCACUAAGUUUAGAUCCUUUGACUUCCACUAUUAUAGUUUGAUUAUCAUAAUUGAAAUGAUUCUUCCUUCGAAUGCCUAGUUGUCUUUAUUCAUAUAGAUACUUAGCUUCAUAUAUUCCGUAGGGUGUAAAUGUUUAACUCGAUUAGAAUAUUAAGCACUAUUUUUGUCUCAAUUUCCGGUUCACGGUGGUUGCGGAGCGAGUCUUGUUCCAUCAGCGGCUUUCGAGUGUCUCGGUGUCUCCGAGCAUCCUCGUCGUUACCUGAUCAACCCCACUGCCUCGGGCGCCCAGAUGCAAGACCUACCUUCUACAUGAAGAGGCUGGCUGCACUACGCCGCAUCUGUAUCUCACGCCUACACAUUGUAUCCAGUGCGCCGUCCAUUUGCGUGGAACGAGAAUUGAUCCUGCCUUGCCUUGUCUUCUCAUCAUGAUGUGAGAGCAUCGAAGCCCCAUCAAGCAGAUCUUAAUACCUAGUGGUGACGUAACCUUUCAAUAAAUUAUAUAAAAGGUUUUAAUUUCAUAGUCUGGUUAUGAUAGGAGUAUACAAGCGGUUUAAAUAAUAUUCACGAUUCCUAACUGCUUACUUAUUUGUAGGUAGAUAACUGGUGCCUAGUUGAUACUUAUUUUAUGAUCAUGAUUCCGUUUUAUAGGUACAUACCUAAGUAUAUUACGUAUGUUGAAAUGUUAUUGUGGGUGUAUAUAUUUUGAUCAUUUGGUAUAUAGUUUGAUCUGUAUUUGCCAAUGUAUUAUACCUGCCCUAAUUUAUUUGUCAUAUUGAAUCAAAUCAUAUGACUAGAAUGUGAUUAUUACAUUUUGGAUUAUGUCCAAUUGAGAGGAUAUUAUAUAUAUUUACUAAUCAAUUGUAGUUGUUGAAACCUGUCACAGUGGUUUUAUAAGUGGCUGUUUUAACAAUGCGGUUUUUAGUUAUAUUUGGGAUUGUCGUUGCAUUUGAUUGAUCCCAGUUAUGACUAAAGGUAUCAAAUCCUAAACAGACUGGCUUUUAAUUUAAUUAACAUUUGUACUCUUUGCGAGAUGUCGCAUAUGAUAAUUUAGUAAAAUGGCUGAUCUCAUGAUAUUAGGGGCAACGCUUAUAUCAUUGUCUUGUAUAUUUUCGUUCUUGGUCACUCAUGUCAUUUAUUUACUAUUAUCCCGGUUUCAGUACUUGAUAGUCUGAACCUUGCGUGUAAUAUUCCAUUAGGCUACAUGCCUCAGGUACUGCAGACGGUGCAAGGUCCAAGUGACUUACCUAUGGAAACAUUUCACGUGGGAUUUGCGGCUCGACAUAUUAGGGAGUUGUCCAUAGAGCGGUGUAUGCAUGAUAAUUUUAUGAGAUCCAAAAGGUUGCCUUAUAGUUGACUGCAACCAGCUAUUUUAUUUUACAGUAUAUUAAGGUGAUAAAGUUGUGUGAAGCCAGACUACACCCCGUCGAUCCUACCUAAUUUUAUAGCGUAUUUAUGAAUGUGUUAUCAUAAGUACUAAUACAUCUUUACUUAUAUUUGAUCAAAAGGUAUCAAAUCUUAAUCCAACUGGCUUUUAAUUUAAUUAACAGUCUUACUCUUUGCGUGACGUUGCAUAUGAUAAUUUAUUAAAAUGGCUGAUCUCAUGAUAUUAGGGGCAACGCUUAUAUCAUUGUCUUGUAUAUUUUCGUUCUUGGUCACUCAUGUCAUUUAUUUACUAUUAUCCCGGUUUCAGUACUUGAUAGUCUGAACCUUACGUGUAAUAUUCCAUUAGGCUACAUGCCUCAGGUACUGCAGACGGUGCAAGGUCCAAGUGACUUACCUAUGGAAACAUUUCACGUGGGAUUUGCGGCUUGACAUAUUAGGGAGUUGUCCAUAGAGCGGCGUAUGCAUGAUAAUUUUAUGAGAUCCAAAAGGCUGCCUUAUAGUUGACUGCAACCAGCUAUUUUACAGUAUACUAAUUAAAGUAAUACAGUUGUGAGAAGCCAGACUUCACCCGGUCGAUCUUUAUAACACAUUUAUGAAUACGUUAUCAAUACGUCAAUCACAACAUAAGUGCUAACAUAUCUUUAUUUAUAUCUGAGCAUAUUAGUAAACCUUAUAUAUUAUUAAUAGAACUUGCUACAACUUCUUGUUUCAUAAUUUUCUUUAUCUUAAAGUAGGAAUAUUUUGAUCUCCUGAUGUAUCCCACAAUGGCAUUUUAUAGGAAGAAGGUAGGGUUUAUUAUAGUAGUCUUGUAAAUAGUAUUCAAUAAUUUUGAUAGGAUUUUAUAAUUUCCUAUUGGUUCAAUGCAUUCAAUAGUGCUUGCAAUAGUGUUUCAUUUUAUUGACAUGGUUUAAUAUUCGUUUUUCUUUAAGAACGGAUAUGUUUUGUGCUUGUUGGAACAUAUUUCAGAUUUUAUUUUAUCAUGUAACAUGUCUCACACCUCAGAGAGCUUGGGUUGUUAUUUAUCAUGAUGUUGGUCUAUAUUUACCACUAAAUGAUCACGCCAUACCUAAUUUAAAUGAGGUUUUAAUUUGUCUUUAUCUGUGACAUAUUUUGUUAUGUUUGUGUACAGGUUAAAUUGGGCAGUCAGGUUUUUGUUCCGUCUUGUUUUCCUGACUUAGGUAUUUGGCCCUAGUAAUCAAGGCGGUAUAUCCGAAUGGGUCCUAAUCAGACUUCAUUGGAUAUAGAGUUCAUAAAUUAUUGAAUCAUACUCAAUCAAUUUUAAUGCAAUAAAUCAAAUUUAUUAGCAUUUAAUACCUUGUUUAUUUUAUACGUCAUCCCCUAUAGCCUAGACCCUUAUUUACUAAAUUUCAGUAUUACUUUCCAAAGGUUUCAAUAGAGUUGAGGAAAGUAACAGUAUUUCAGCUUACAAAGCUUUUGUAGUAGAGUCUAGUCAGGCUAAGACAUUUACAACCUGACAAAUUAAAAUAAUUUUUUUUGCGCCGUUGUUGAAUCCGUUGAAACAUAUUUACUGCGUAACAUGAUGAAUAUAUUUCGAAUGAACUCAUCGACCUGCUCUAAGGACGAAGCCAGGACAAGAUUAGCUAGUAUAUCUUUGGACAUUUUUUUAUCCAUCAAUUAACUAGUAUAUCUUUGGUCAUUUUUUUAUCCGUCAAUUAAGUGAUAUCAGUAUCUUUACAGAAGUUUUUGACCAAAUGAGCACAGCAUAUGUAGAGCGGUGUUAUUUCUUUAUUUUCAUUGAUUUUAUUAGUGUGCGUUAACAUGUUAUAGACGCAGAUUAGAUAGUCCAACAGACUACAUUCAUUAAAAGCCUGGCAACUUGCAUUGAUGAGCACAAAGCUCAUGUCUGUUACCUGAAACCUGUGUUUGUACACCUGAAAAGGCCGGCCAACUAUUAUUUUCAACACAAAGCCGUCUGAAAUCAAUCAGCAUUUUAUAGAUGGAGUUUGUGUCAUGACAGGAAGUGAUCAUAUCGUAUACGCUGAAAAUCCUUCUGUUUGUAGGUAUUUGUAUGACCCCUGAGUAAAGGUAGACGCGAUUGCAUUUAAGGACACCAAAUUCACUACACACUGGGUUUUUAACAACACUUCCCGUGGCAUCCAGAUGUAGUAAGAUUUCAUUCUGUUUUUGUGAUUUCAAAACAAAUAUUUGUUUUUUGCUGUGAACUUUAACUGUAAACGGAAAUGACUCUUUUUGAUUUCGUAAGUCUGGUUUUAGAAAUUGCAUGUAUCAUCUCUAUUGAUUUUGAUAUAGUUUCCGCUCUUAAUUUUCGUAACAACUUGGUGCAGUCAAAUUUUUUUGACCCUUCAAUACGUUUGUUUUUAAAUGUCCAAAAUAGUUUUCAAUGGGAGCAUUGCUCACCCGCUUUUCUUUCAUCAAAUUAGUCCACAUCGGCAAAAAUGGAAUGUAUUUGUUAAGGAUCGUUUGGAAUAACAAAGGUUCAUGAAAAGAGUUUUGAUUUUGUCCAAUGUCGUGAAAUUCAGUUUGAUUUAUUACUUAUACAGCACGUUUGUAAAAUGGGCUGUUUCUAAACAUGGAUACAUUGAGUUUUUCAUCUUUCGAUACGGGCAUAACUGUAGUUUCCAUGUUAAUAACCGAUUACGUUGUUUCAGCAUCAAGCUGACAAAUUAAAAUAAUAUUUUUUUGCGCCGUUGUUCAAUCCGUUGAACCAUGUUUACUGUGUAACAGGAUGAAUAUAUUUCGAAUGAACUCGUCGACCUGCUCCAACGACGAAGCCAGGACAAUAUUGGCUAGUAUAUCUUUGAAAAUUUUUUUAUCCGUCAAUUUACUGAUAUCAAUGUCCUUGCAGACGUUUUUGACCAAAUGAGCACAGCAUAGGUAGAGCGGUGUUAUUUUCUUUAUUUUCAUUGAUUUUAUUAGUGUGCGUUAACAUGUUAUAGACGCAGAUUAGAUAGUCCAACAGACUACAUUCAUUAAAAGCCUGGCAACUUGCAUUGAUGAGCACAAAGCUCAUGUCUGUUACAACACCUGAAAAGGCCGGCCAACUAUUAUUUUCAACACAAAGCCGUCUGAAAUCAAUCAGCAUUUUAUAGAUGGAGUUUGUGUCAUGACAGGAAGUGAUCAUAUCGUAUACGCUGAAAAUCCUUCUGUGUGUAGGUAUUUGUAUGACCCCUGAGUAAAGGUAGACGCGAUUGCAUUUAAGGACACCAAAUUCACUACACACUGGUUUUUUACAACACUACCCGUGGCAUCCAGAUGUAGUAAGGGUUCAUUCAAUUUUUGGGAUUUCAAAACAAAAAUUUGUUCUUUGCUGUGUAUUUUAACUGUAAACGGAAAUGAAACUUCUCUAACGUAAUUAUGGUGGUCUUGUUGAAAUAAUAUCAGAUUCAUAACAUCAUUUUUCGAUCGGUUAUUGAUACAGAGUGCUUCGGAUUUUAUUUUCAUUAUGGUGUCAUCGGAUUUUACAUUUCACAAAGAUUUGGUACUAUCGAACAAAUAAGUAUUUAAAUUCAAAAGGUCGUCUUUUUUGGCUGUUGGGGGUUUGAUGUUAUAUAACUUUUUUUUGUUAAUAGUCUGUCGACACCGUGCAUUUGCGCCGUUAAUUGUAUUAAAUAUGAGUAAUUAAUACUUUGACUGAGCACAGUAACUGUUAUGUCUUUUUUCAGUAUGACUUUAAACUUUUUACAUUUCUCGUGUUUACAUUCACAGUUGAUUACUAUUUUGGAAUUUGAUUUGUAUUUAACGUAAUUUACAACGAAAAUGCACGUGUUGUUUACUCUUUCAUUAAUGUAUUUUUUUCAUUAUAUAUGGAUAAACAAACACGUCCAAUUUUUUUUCAUUUGUAAAUAGUUUAGCCCAUAUGUGUUUUUUUAAUGAAAAGCUGCCUUUUUAUACAGUACAUUUCAGCAUUGAGUCUAUCUCUGGGGUGUUUUUAGAGCAUUUUGGCAGCAUAUUUUCUGAGAAACCUUCGGUACGUCCGGGGAAACGUCACAUUCUACUCGAACGGGUUCGUAUGAGGGACUCGCAGAUAUAGGAAUUUCCGCAGAAGCUGAUUAUCGUUUUUCCUCUCUUAUUGUGGCGUCAGGAAAUGGUAAAACAUUCCUGGAUGUUUCCAAGGGGUCAGACACAGUGUAACAGGAUGAAUAUAUUUCGAAUGAACUCAUCGACCUGCUCUAACGACGAAGCCAGGACAAGAUUGGCUAGUAUAUCUUUGAAAUUUUUUUCAUCCGUCAAUUUACUGAUAUCAAUGUCCUUGCAGAAGUUUUUGACCAAAUGAGCACAGCAUAGGUAGAGCGGUGUUAUUUCUUUAUUUUCAUUGAUUUUAUUAGUGUGCGUUAACAUGUUAUAGACGCAGAUUAGAUAGUCCAACAGAAUACAUUCAUUAAAAGCCUGGCAACUUGCAUUGAUGAGCACAAAGCUCAUGUCUGUUACAACACCUGAAAAGGCCGGCCAACUAUUAUUUUCAACACAAAGCCGUCUGAAAUCAAUCAGCAUUUUAUAGAUGGAGUUUGUGUCAUGACAGGAAGUGAUCAUAUCGUAUACGCUGAAAAUCCUUCUGUUUGUAGGUAUUUGUAUGACCCCUGAAUAAAGGUAGACGCGAUUGCAUUUAAGGACACCAAAUUCACUACACACUGGUUUUUUAACAACACUACCCAUGGCAUCCAGAUGUAGUAAGGGUUCAUUCUGUUUCUGGGAUUUCAAAACAAACAUUUGUUCUUUGCUGUGUAUUUUAACUGUAAACGGAAAUGCAACUUCUCGAACGUAAUUAUGGUGGCCUCGUUGAAAUAAAAUCAGAUCUAUAACAUCAUUUUUCAAUCGGUCAUUGAUACAGAGUGCUUCGGAUUUUAUUUUCCUUAUGGUGUCAUCGGAUUUGACAUUUUGCAAAGAUUUGGUAGUAUGUAUCAAAUAAGUAUUAAAUUCAAAAGGUCGUCUUUUUUGGCUGUUGGGGGUUUGAUGUUACGUUACUUUUUUUUUGUUAAUAGUCUGUCGACACCGCGCACUUGCGCCGUUAAUUGUAUUAAGUGUGAGUAAUUAGUACUUUGACUGAGCACAGUAACUGUUUUGUCUUUUUUCAGUAUGACUUUAAACUUUUUACAUUUCUCGUGUUUACAUUCACAGUUGAUUACUAUUUUGGAAUUUGAUUUGUAUUUAACGUAAUUUACAACGAAAUUGCACGUGUUGUUUACUUUUCCAUUGAUGCCUUUUUUUUAUAUGGAUACACAAACAGGUCCAAUUUUUUUUCAUUUGUAAAUAGUUUGUCCCAUAUAUCUUUUUUUAAUGAAAAGCUGUUUUCUAAUACAGUACAUUUCAGCAUUGAGUGUAUCUCUGGGGUGUAUUUGGAGAAUUUUGGCAGCAUAUUUCCUGAGAAACCUUCGGUAGCUACGUCCGGAGAAACGUCACAUUCUACUCGAACGGGUUCGUAUGAGGGACUCGCAAAUAUAGGAAAUUCCGCAGAACCUGAUUGUCGUUUUUCAUCUCUUAUUGUAGCGUCAGGAAAUGGUGAAACAUUCCUGGAUGUUUCCAAGAGGUCAGACACAUGUUUUUCCGUGGUAAAUUACUGUCGUUUGUUCUCUGAGAUUGGGGCUUUCGGAAAUGAUGAAACAUUGCCGGAUGUUUCCGAGAGCUCAAUCACUUGUUCUUCUGUGGUAACUGAUUGCAUUUUUUGCCCUAUGAUUGUGACGUCGGGCAAUGAUAGCUAGAUGUUUCCGAGCCCUCAUAAACAGGGCUAUUCUACCUAAUAAACAUAUCUUUUUUUAACGAAAAGCUGCCUUCUAAUACAGUACAUUUUAGCACUUAGUCUAUUUUUGGGGUGAUUUUUGAGCAUUUUGGCUGAAUUGUUAUGUUUCGUCCUGGACUAGAUAUAUUCAAUAUUUCCUUAGAAACCUUCGGUACGUCCGGGAAAACGUCACAUUCUACUCGAACGGGUUCGUAGGAGGGACUCGCAGAUAUAGGAAUUUCCACAGAACCUGAUUGUCGUUUUCUCUCUCUUAUUGUGGCGUCAGGCAAUGGUGAAACAUUGCUAGAUGUUUCCGAGCUCUCAUAAAUAGGGCUAUUCGACCUGAUAUAACCAGAUAUGGAUAAAACGUUAUCAUUUACCGCCAACUCUGAGCAAGAUAUCUCAGAUUGCAGCUAGCUGGGUGCACCCGAUUUGUAUAACGUUAGCCAAUACUUGUAUAUAUACCAGUGGCGUAGCGUGCCUUGGCGGGGCCCCGUAUAAAAAAUAAUGUGUUUUUCUUUUUUAAUUUUUUGCACAGUUGCUCGUAGAAUUGGUUUGAUUGACGAUAUGAAGUCGGUUAUGCCGGACAUUUUUGCUCUAUUAAAUAUGUUUUUAUUUUUUCAAAAUUAGUUUCAUAGCAAGAGAAAUCAUUACAUCUUCGGGUUUUUAAAUUUUGUUUAUGUUGCUUUUGUAUGUAUAUUUUUUUAUGUUUCAAAGCCUUAGCAAUGUGUAUAAUUUUAAUUUCCUUAUCGUUAACAUUUUCGAUAAUAACUUUUAAAGUUUCUUUAGAAAUCAUUUUUAAGCAAUCAACACAUUGAGUGCCAGGACCCGCUAGGUGGGCACACUAUUCGUUGUCGCAUUGAUGGCAUGACAGCGCAACUGACUUGCGACAGUGACGGAUAUUCCUCUACCAAGCGCAAAAACAGGUUCUGCAUACAAAAUCUUAACUUACUGAAAGACAACAACUUGUUAAAAUAGGUGACAACAGCAGCCACCCGACGUUAAUAUCAUGUGGCAUUCCUCAAGGACCUAUCCUAGGCCAGCUGCUUUUCUCAAUAUACGUAAACAAUGUCACCAAAAUUGGACUGACAGGGCAUAUAAAUUUAUACGCGGAUGAUACUUGUCUCUUUUAUUUCGGUCGUAAUAUAGAAGAUCUUAUCCGUCAAGCACAAAACGACCUUAAUCUUUUUAACUAUUGGUGUCAAUGUAAUAAAUUAAAAAAAGACGUCAUAUAUAAUAUUUAAGGCUAAAACUAAAAUCAUCCCAACACACACCAACCUUACAAUCAAUGACCAACCUAUAAAUCUUUCCCACCAUGAAAAGUAUCUUGGGCUACAUUUAGAUGACAAAUUAAGUUGGAAAGAUCAUAUACAAUACGUGAGAUCUAAAGUUAUCUUCGGUAACCGGUUCACUACGUAGAAUAACAACAUACAUCCCUCACAAAGCCCGCUUGACAAUAUAUAACUCGUUAGUGAGAACACACUUAGAUUAUUUAAUCGAGAUAUGGGGAUGUGCUGCCAAAACCAAUCUGCAAAAACUACAAAGAUCCCAUUAAGGCACUAUUUAGAUUUGACAAUAAAAUGAGUACUAAAUUGCUAUACAAGAAAGUCCAACUGUUUAACUUAAGACAACUAUAAACCUACUCAACAUGCAUUUUUGUAAGAAAGAUCCUAAGAAGUAAAAUACACUCAGACAUUUGUUGUACACAUAGAAAAUUUAAACACUGUUUAAGAAAUACAAACAAGUUACUACUUCAAAAAAAUAGAACGGGUUAUGGCAAAAGUAGCGUAAUGUAUGAAGGAGCACGGAUGUAUAAUGAACUACCGAAUAAUGUGAAAGAUUGUGAGUCUCUUAGUGCAUUUAAAACCAAAUUAAAAAUACACAUACAUAAUAAUGUAAUAUAAACCUCUAGCGAUCAUGCUAUUAAUGUUUAUUUUUAAGAAAAUCGAAUAUUUAAGCUCAUUUUUAGUGAACUGUAUUGUUCUUAUGAGUAAAUAAAGAAUCUCUCUCUAAACCUAAAACGCUGGAAUCGGCUACGAACGUAGCGUGUAGCGAAUGGUGGCACGGAAAGUGUUAAAAACCAACUGAGCUGAGGUACGACACUGCGUAGUAAGUAUUUUCAACUGCUGAAGCACAAAAACCAUUCACGCAAACGAUACAAUUGAUGGCAUGACAGCGCAACUGACUAGCGAAAGUGUCGGUUAUUCCUCUACAAAGCGGAAAAACGCUGGAAUCGGCUAUGAGCGUACCGUGUAGCGAAUGGUGGCACGGAAAGUGUUAAAAAACAACUGAGUUGAGAUACGACACUGCGUAGUAAGAAUUGUCAACUGCUGAAGCACAAAAACCAUUUACGCAACCGAUACAAUUGAUGGCAUGACAGCGCAACUGACUAGCGAAAGUGUCGGUUAUUCCUCUAUAAAGCGGAAAAACGCUGGAAUCGGCAACGAGCGUACCGUGUAGCGAAUGGUGGCACGGAAAGUGUUAAAAAACAACUGAGUUGAGGUACGACACUGCGUAGUAAGAAUUGUCAACUGCUGAAGCACAAAAACCAUUUACGCAACCGAUACAAUUGAUGGCAUGACAGCGCAACUGACUAGCGACAGUGACGGGUAGCGAAUGAAGCGCGCGCGCGGCCUGGCCAAAGGCCAGCUAAUAAAAUUACGCACACAGAUAUGGCGCACUAAGCUCUGAUUGGCCGCACUCCGCUGCAGUACGCAUAAGUAUGUUAUUCGCCGGCAGAGCGCGCCGUUGCAUGACAAAGAAAAUUGAUUGAAUUAACUAAUUUUCUUUCAAAGUAAGUCAUUUACUUAACAGUUGAUGCAUAUUCCUGUCAAGCAAAGUGCUUACUAUCUGAUCCUAACUGGUUUAUUGAUUAAAUAAUAGUUCCGAGCUUUUUGGGCACGCACACACACAAUGCUGUCAUCGUGUUGUUACACAGUCUCGUCGCAAGCGCGCUAGUGACAGGUUGUGACCCAGUGACCCGUGAGUGCGCGCAUGCAAAUUAACGGUACAAAAUGGUUAAAUGUUGUAAUUGCAGUAGGGUAGUCAAUAUUAAAGCCCCCGGAGCACAGUGUAAUAAGUGUAGUAAGUGGUGGCACGCAUCUUGUGCCUCAUUAUCUACCGAACAACUCAGUGCAUUGUCGGUAACGGACUCAAUAGACUGGAAGUGUCCAAAGUGCGUUCCAAUCAAAGGUGCUGCCAAGAAACGCAUAUCGGUUAUUUUACCAGACCGAGAGGAUGAAGAGUCAGAGGCCGAAACAACAACAAACAACGAAGCAGAUAAAGUAUUAAUGGAAAUGCGACAAGAAAUUCGCCAGUUACGCCAAGCCGUUAAAGACAUCAUACAAGAGGAACUUAAACGUACCCUCAAUUUUUACUCGGACAAGAUUGAUGAAUUUGAAAGUCGAAUGAAAGAUUAUGAGACAAAAUUUAAAUUGAUGGAAAAUCAAUGUAAAGAUGUGGCCAAUACGUGUAAAAACCUAGUGCUGAAAAAUGAACUCCUGGAACAAAAACUUCACAAAAGCGAGCAAGCACAGGUGUACAAUGACAUUGAAAUAUGUGGAGUAGCGGAAAAAGAAAAUGAAGAUGUUAAGAAAGUCGCGACAUCACUAUGCCAGCUUUUAAACCAAGACCCUAACGAUAUUAUUAGAACAUACAGAAAAAAGAAGCCGACCCGUCCCGGAUCCGCGCAAGCCGAACGCGCCAAAAUGGACUCGCCUAUAACGGUCACCCUGCGCGAGGGGAGACGCGACCACUGGUACGACGCGGCCAAAUCAGCCAGAAUAACGGCACAGGAUAUUGGCGGUGAAGAAGAUAGGAAGGUUUAUUUACGAGAGUCACUCACACCUACAACGUCUUACCUACUGUGGAAAGCUAAAACAAACCUAAGGGAUAAAUCGCUUUGCCAAUAUGUAUGGUACAAACACGGACAGGUAAUGGUGCGCAAAAAAGAUGGUGACAAAAAAAUAUACUACAUCAGAAAUGAAAAAGACAUCGAGCGAGUGGGGAAGGAUUUGCAAAAAACAUAGGUACGUACCGAAGCGCCUACUAAUAUUAUUAUCCCUCACUUCCUCAACCUUUUAAGUCGAGCGGUCAAAAUUUAAUUAAAGUGCGUAAUAUGCAUUCAAUUGAUUUAAACAAAGUAGAAACAUCCCACGACUCAUGGUCAGAUUUUAUGCAAAAUAUAUCAGACGCGCAAAAUAAACUGAUUUUAUUGCACGUCAACAUAAGAUCAACAAUUAAAAAUCACUCUCAAUUAGAGUACAUCGUCGCAAAUAGUCCACGAUUAAUACAUCUAAUAAUAUUAACGGAAGCUAACAUAACAGAAACAAUUGCAAGUUUGUUUACGAUGGAUGACUAUGUUAUGUACACCGAGCUGCGAAGCCAAAGAAAAGGAGGCGGCAUUAUUAUCUACGCGCAUAAAAGUAUUUCUUUCAUCAAGACUCCCGUAAAGACAAUAUCCUUCGAGUGUUUGUGUGGCGAAGUGGAAAUAUUUCAGGGCAAGAAAAUAAACUUGUGUUCAAUUUAUAGACCGCCGAAUCUAAGUAAGUCUGCUUUUAUUAGUGAAUUGGCGCAUUUGUUAUCAAAAUAUCCUAGUCAUUCGGACUGUAUACUAAUAGGUGAUAUGAACAUUGACACCUCGUGCACAGACAUUACUGUAAAGUCGUACCUAAACAACCUGAAUGAAAUAGGAUUUGAUUGUUGUAUAUCACAAUUUACGAGAGUCGAGUCGAACAUAAAUGGGACAUCCAAAUCCUGUAUUGAUCAUUUGUUCAUUCGUGACGCAUGCAAGCGAGGUGCGUCUGGGUACUCUGUGCGCUCAGCUGUUGUGCGAGAAGCGCCGGCCGACCAUUACAUAAUAGGACUCGCUCUUAUCAGCGAGGCCAGCGUAACUACAAAUAAAACUAUAAACAUGUUAAAUAAUGAAAAACUUAAACUAGAAUUAAGCCAAAUAGAUUGGAGCCCGGCAUUUCGUUGUA